AAGGUACGGCAGGGUUUUGUUCACCUUAAUCUUCUCCGUGUUUUCUUUGAUUUUAUCUUUCAUGGCCUGAAGCUCGUGGGUCACCCGAAGCACUUCGCUCUUCAUGAUCUUGAUCUCGCUGUCGAGGAGACGAGUCCGCUGAACUAUCUCAUCUGUGGACAUUUUUAAUACUUCUUCGCCGAUUCCAUCCUCCACUUCGUCCCAAACUGAUUUGUCACUCAGCGACGCCAUCUUUGCUCUAACUGCGUUGAACUGUGACCCGGCGGAACAUAAAGCGUCUUCUUCCGGAUGUAACCGACGACGCUUUUUAAAAAUAGUUUUUUUUAAGUGUAACGUUAGCUAGUUCAGUCUGUUUGUUUUGUAGAAUUUAUAUUAGUGGAAUUUUCCCAUUGAUUUUAUUAAUUUAAAUAAUAUAUGUACCAGACAUUCUGAUUCACACUCCAUACCAGCUUGUGGCGGUAGUGUACCAUUUAGUUGUUUGCCAACCGCAAAUAACGAAGAAGAAGUAGAAGAAGUACCGGACGACGCUCGCAGGCGCCGAAGCACGAGAACGCGGCUCAAACAAACUAGAAGCUGAAUUAUUUCGGUUCCUGUGCGGGUCCGAACUGUGAGAGUGUGAGUGUGAGUGGGCGGGCAAGGAGCUGUGGUGCACUGGUAAAUGCCAAAGUUAUUUGCAACUCUUUUUGGCGCACAAAGCUUUAACUGUGGCCACAGUACGUUUGAGUGCAUGCUAGCGGGUGUUGCUAAUAUUAGCUCUUCAGCUAACUUCAGUUCGCCGAUGUGUUGAUAUCAUGCUGGAGGCUGUCAAGACGUCCUGCUCGGAGGCAAACGGCACGACAUAGCUGCCAGGGAGAAGAAACGAGAAGAGGGUGUUUCUGCCGGUCCGCUGUGGUUGUUGGUGCUUUUCUACUGUUAUAGACUCUACACGCACAGCUUUGAGGCACCUGCUGUGUGAAGUUACUUCCUGCUCUUGGGUGGCAGUGAAUUAACGUGAGGAGCUUCAGAGAUGGACCAGAACAACAGUAUACCUCCCUUCCAGGGGGGGGCCUCCCCUCAGGGUGCCAUGACCCCAGGCAUGUCAAUAUUCAGUCCCAUGAUGCCAUAUGGCUCAGGCCUGACACCCCAGCCCGUCCAGAACACCAAUAGUUUGGCUAUUCUGGAGGAACAGCAGAGGCAACAGCAGCAGCAACAGGCACAGCAGGCAAACGCAGGACUUCCUGGCACGUCGGGGCAGACCCCUCAGCUUUAUCAUUCCCAGGCGGUUGCAGGCUCGACCACCACAGCGCUGCCAGGAAACACCCCGCUCUACGGCACUCCACUGACCCCCAUGACCCCCGUCACACCGGCCACACCAGCCUCUGAGAGCUCUGGAAUAGUACCGCAGCUACAAAACAUAGUAUCUACUGUAAAUUUGGGCUGUAAACUGGACUUGAAGACUAUUGCCCUGAGAGCCAGGAAUGCAGAGUACAACCCAAAGCGUUUUGCUGCGGUCAUCAUGAGAAUACGAGAACCCAGAACCACUGCUCUCAUCUUCAGUUCUGGGAAGAUGGUCUGCACUGGAGCCAAGAGUGAGGAGCAGUCGAGGUUAGCUGCGAGAAAAUACGCUCGUGUGGUGCAGAAGCUUGGUUUUCCUGCUAAGUUCCUGGACUUCAAGAUUCAGAACAUGGUGGGAAGCUGCGAUGUGAAGUUCCCCAUUCGUCUGGAAGGAUUAGUCCUCACGCAUCAGCAGUUCAGCAGCUAUGAACCGGAGCUGUUUCCAGGACUGAUUUACAGAAUGAUCAAACCUAGAAUUGUCCUGCUCAUCUUUGUCUCUGGGAAAGUUGUACUCACAGGUGCCAAGGUGAGAGCAGAGAUCUAUGAAGCGUUUGAAAACAUCUAUCCCAUCCUGAAAGGCUUCCGCAAGACAACGUAGAACCUGCGUACCUUUUUAUCACCGACUCUUUGUACUGUUAUUUCUUUUUUUAUUCACAAGAAGAAUCAUCUAUAUGUUGACCUCUACAGAUGGACUGUUGUACAGGGAUGUCUAUUUCUCACUUUUUUUUCCUUUUUUUUUUCUUUGUUUCAGAUUUUUACAGGGCUUUUUUUCAGGAUUUGUACUUUUUUUUUUUUUUCCGGCUGUAUCUUUUUUUCACACAGACCUCCAUUCGUUUUAAACCCGUUCUUUUUUUUUUUUGCCCUGUUUUUUUUGCCCCGUUUAUUUCAGAUUUUGCUGUUUUGCCGUUCACAUCCCUGAUUGUAUAUAAGAUUGUAAAGAAAUGUAAAAAGUGCUGAUGAGAAGAGAAACAGUCUGACUAGGACUGUGAUAAGUUUUUAUUUUAAGCCAUUUUAAAUAGUUUUGUACGUUGCGUUUUUAGAAAUUGCCCACUCUGCCCCCAAGUUAUAACAAGACAUGUUCAGCCCCACAUUCCUCUUAAUAGUAUUUUCAAGACUUUAGUUUGAGUGACUGUUUAUCUCAAACCAAAUCUGUCAGCUUUUUGGGUGUUUUAAUUGCAUGAAUGCUUAAAGUGGAUUUUCCUCCAUUCAAAGAUUUUGACAUGAGAGAUGCAGUCUAGUCUGUAACUGAAGGUGGAUGCUCUUAAUAUUAGAUUAGACAGGAGUCAACUAAAUUGAUCCAAGUCCUGCUACUAAAGUUGUUGGUUAAUUCUUUGACUUUUGCGUCACCUGGUUUGGACUACAUUUGUACUUAUAAAUCAACCAGAACCAAAACAUGAAGAAAAGACGCUGUUGAUUAGACUGCCUCUUCUUUUACUUAUCUUAACAUCUUGCAUCUUUUAUUCAGGAGCACUAAAAGAUGUCUGAUAAACUAAGCAUUGUUUUGCCAUGUUUUUGUAUUCUGUUAAGUUUUUUUUUUUUGUGCCCAUUUUUCUGUAAAAUGUGUAUCGGUUGUCUAUACUGUGUGCUCAGCCACACACUCCAAAAAGUAGUGAACAUUUUUGGCACUUCAUUGUGAGCUGGUUGUGGUGACCAUGAGUUUCACCACGUGCGUCUUCCACCCUGACGUCUGUAUGGGCAGCAGAAGACAAAAGGGAUAAUCAAUACGUUCCUCUGUGACUCGUGAGUUAAGCAGCAGGAGACCAGAAAGCCCCGUCACGCAUUUCAAAGCAAUUGUUCUUCUGAAAUUGUUAAUGUGCUGCACUGUGCAUUAAUAAAUGUGUACAUACAA